ACGCUCCACAAUGCCGCCUUACUAUGCCUUACCUGUGAAUCUGCUAAUAGUAAUAUUUCUGCCAGAAAAAUUUGCACUUGUUUACAGUGCACGGCCACUGCGCGUUAACAUUGGCAGUGUGGGAUUUUUUCAAAAUGCUCUGGCGGGAGCGUUUCCCAACACCGGGCCACCGUAUGACAUGGCGCUAGACGAUGUGCGCGAUUUGUAUGGAGAUACGCUGCAGUUUAACCACACGUACAUUUCCAAGUGGUCCAUUAAGAACUGUGAUCCAGAAUUGGUGGAAAAUGCUGAAGAUCUAAUGGCGGAUUACUACUACAAAACACAGGAUGAAGCGGAUUUAACUGUUUUUAUCAGUCCAGGUUGCAACGAAAUUGAAGCCACCAGCAAACUCGCGGCACAGUGGAACGUUCUGCAGAUAUCGACAACGUCAGACAAUGGUUUUAUCGCUAACCGGCAGCAGAAUCCGGUGUGGAUCUCAUUGGCCACUGGCAGCUUCACAAAUGUUGUUAAGGCCUACAUGCAGUUAUUGCUGGAUUACAAUUGGACGAAUGUUUUUAUUGUCUGGGAAACCACAUCAAACCCGAUUUUUCGCGGCAGUUCUGAGGUGAUCUCCAAAGCACUGCGUGAUCGGCCGCAGAUGCAACCCGUCUAUCGCUCCAUGAACGCUCAAAACGGGACGAAAGAGCAGCUGAUUUCGCUUUUAGAAGAAUUCAGGCGAACGAGUCGCGUGCUGCUGUUUUUUGGCCACUCAAACCAUCUAAGAAAAUUGCUGAUUGCCGCUUAUCGCUUAAACAUGACAACGAGCGAGUUUGUUUACAUUGGACUACAGCCGUUGUUCCAUUCGGCAUCCAUUGGGAAUUUUUCCUGGAGGUUUAAUGAUUCACUUGAUCCGAUUGCCCGCGAGGCUUAUAAGAACGUGCUCUUAUUGGGUGCCGAGCAUUUAGACAAUCAAACCGAAGUGGAUCAGAUGGAUCCUAUAAUGCGUGAAUGGAGGCGGCAGUCCUUUCUCAAAUGGAAUCUAACCUACGUUGAACCGUCACCAUAUCUGCGCCCUGCCUACGCUUCGAUCGUUAUGCUGGCUCAGGUGUUAAACGAAACAUUCUCAGCCAACUCCCAGUUUAAUUUCCGUAAUGGAACCGCUCUGGCCGAUCUGUUCCUUAACAGGGAAUUCGAGACAAAGGUUAUGCGAGCGGCAAUCGGAGAAUAUGGAAAUAUUCUCGUUAAUCUCAGUCUACGUUUCACCGAUCCAGAAACUCAAGAGCUACGGAUCGUUCUACAAUGGGACGGGGUGAAACAGCGUUAUAUUAAAGUGGCUAACUUUUCUUGGCCUAACGGACCACCUCGUAAUCGACCGAUCUGUGGGUACACUGGAAACGAUCCAGUUUGUGCAAGCUCCGAGUCGAAGAGCGUCGUAAUCGGCGCAACAAUGGGAGCUCUGCUCGCGCUUUUUUCAUUGAUCGCUGGAUUGAUGAUGAUAGAUACCAGAAUGAGAAAGAUGAAAACGGCGUUGAAUGACCGAACCUGGGUUAUUGAUGAAAGGGAUCUGGUGGCUGGCAAUGAGGCCAACACUACGGCGACGCUGCCACAUCGAGAGAGCGCUUGUUACAGUGUGAUGCUGACGCUGAAAGGCAAGUACAAGCGAAAGUGGCACGGCAUGGAAGUCUGGACCGAUGCACUACAUGCUUCGCCGAUCGGCAGUCAGGCUGCACAUAACCUGCUGUACGAAACGAAUCCGACGUUUCAACUGACUAUUCGUGAGAUCAAAGAAUGCGCUCAUCCAAACAUAAAUCGCUUACUUGGGCUGUAUGCCGCCAGAGGAAUAAGAGAACACUGCUUUAUUCGAGCGGUAACGACAUGGUCUGCUCGCGGCUCCAUUGGAGAUGUGAUCGACUCCCGACGGGAACUGGACUGGAUAUUCUGUGCUUCGUUCAUUCAGAAUUUACUCAAUGCAGUCCAGUUCAUCCAUUCAAGUGCCAUAAGUUACCACGGAUCGUUAUCAACCAGGAAGUGCCUGCUAGACCAGCAUUUUACCUUGAAGUUAUCCGGUUUCGGCUACCAUGCCGUUGCCAAACACGUGGAACACCCAGAGCAAACAUGGAAUUUGCCAUCACCACCAACAGCACUCAGUCGACCAUGGUCGAAAAUUGGUACUGUCGAAACUGCACAGAUGGACGAUAUGUCCAGUGUGGGAAAGAUCAUGUUGGAAAUUUUGCAUUGGCAGCAUUCGGAUGACUGGUUGGACAACUCUGCGUAUGAUAUGCACCCAAAGGGCGUCUUAUCUAAGGAGACUGACACACAUAUCAGGCGUAACACUGCCUUGGAAACACUUCCUGCUACCGUAUCCAUUGAAGACUUGGCGAAUUCAUGCCUCAACAUUGAUUUCACGCUGCGUCCAUCGGCUUUGUCGGCAUGCAUGGAAGUCGAAGAAAUUCUCGGUGAAAUGAAAGACUUUUCCGGUAACGUUGUGGAUAAGAUUUUGCGGCGCUUGGGAACGUAUUCAGAAAAAUUGGAGGCGGAGGUGUCCGCAAAGACGGCGCAGCUUAUCCAUGAGCGCGAGAAGAGUGAACGCUUAUUAGUGCAGCUUCUGCCACGGGAUCUUGUGGAGAACCUGCGAAAAGGCGAACAUGUGAUGGCCGAGGAAUACGAGAGCACGACCGUGUUUUUCAGCGAUGUAAUGGGAUUCGACGAGAUUGUUGUCAAAUGUAUGCCGAUUGCUUCGCUGGAGAUCUUGACGCAUAUCUUUAAAACACUGGAUACCGCGAUUGCCGGCUUCGAUGUAUAUAAAGUGGAGACGAUAGGCGAUCACUAUAUGGUUGCUAGUGGACUACCUGUUCGAAAUGGUCAGCAACAUGCCCGCGAGAUUUGCCUCAUGGCGUCGAAGAUGCUGGAAUUGUUUAGACGAUCAACAACGCUACGCACUCUGUCGCUAUGGCUGCGCGGCGGUUUGCAUUCCGGAACGUGUGCAGCUGGAGUGGUUGGUCUCAACAGGCCUCGGUAUUGUUUGUUUGGCGACACGGUUAAUGUUGCAGCACGGAUGUGUUCUAGCAGUGAAAGCGAUAAAGUGCAAUUAAGUUUAGUGACAUCGCAAAUUUUGACGGAGAAUUUUCCUGAUGUGGGUUUUCAAUCACGUGGCAUGGUGUUUGUAAAAGGUCGUGGAGAAAUGCAGACAUUCUGGCUGCAGCAAGAAGAGUGA